AUGGACGUUGGCCAGCAUAACUUCCAAUCCUAUCUUCCUUGGCUCCUGAAAGAGCUCACCCAGAGCUUCUUCGUCGCGAUCGACUUCGAGUUCUCCGGGAUCGCUCUGGCCUCCCCGAGAGGGGACCACGGAGUCGGUCUAACAUUCUGCAGUAAGGACACCGAAAAUGGCGUCUACCAGAUCAAGCCGUUCAAUAUUAACUUGAGCCCCAUCGUGGACCAGGCCCUAAAGAUCAACCGUGAAUGGACGGUCUCAAGCGCAUCGAUCGAUUAUCUGUUGGGACAUGGUCUCGGCAUCGAUGCACUCUGCAAGGAAGGUGUCCACUACCUUACUCACCGUGAAGAGCAAGAGGCCCGGGAAACGUUUGAUCUAAAUUCCGAGCGCAUUUUUACCUGGGAACCGAGAGGUAGAGUCCCCGAGUCUCUGAAAUUCCGCCGGGCAGCUCACGCUGUGAUUGACGCCUGGAUAUUCCGAGGUCGAUCCCCAAGAAUUCUAAGAAUGCCACCUUUUACCGCUAAGUAUAAUCUCCCUGGCUAUUUGAACUAUCAGCAAAGGAACCUCUUGGUGACUAUGGUGGGCAUCGAUUACCCCAACCUGCAAGCCAGCGCGUGCGACGGAUAUGUUCAAGUCCAGGAGACUGGGACAGACGCGAACAGUGGGAGGCUUCAGAUACAGAAGGAGCAGGCGGAGCAAAUAAUACUGAAAGGCAUUGGAUUUCGCUGGGUUGCUGACGCUUUAAUAGGAGGAGAUCUCACGUCCCUCCCAAGCGCUUCGUUUGCUGAUCUCUUCACCCAACCCACGGAUUUCAUCCUCGAAGAGCUCGCCUCUGCCCUCAAGCAACAUCUCAAGGACAAUCGGGCAGUCCUCGUUGGACACAACUGCUUCACCGAUUUGAUAUUCUUCUACCACCACUUCAUCGGCAAGUUGCCUGACACGAUAGGAGAGUUCCAGGUUCUCUUCCACCGGAUGUUUCCACUCGUGAUUGAUACUAAAUAUCUAUACACCUCCUACUCGGGCUGUAGUAAUGCCCGCUCUUCGCUACCGGAGGCCUGCAAGAUGAUGGCCAGUUUGACUGUUCCCACCAUUAACAAUGCAUACGGGAAGUACUUGUGGCAUGAGAGCCUUCACGAGGCAGGCUACGACAGCAUGCUCACAGCCAUCUUGUUUCUCAAGCUCUCUGUUCAGCUUCGUCUUCGCAAGGAGAUAACUGUGCCUCGGGGCGCAAUGGGUUCUUUGCUGUGCAUGCAACUCCAAGUUGCUCAUGAUCAGUUGUACGAUGCCCAGGAGUUUUUCAAUAGCCUCGUAAAUGCUCGCUCCAAACAAGCUCAAAGCAACCCGAUCGACCUGAUGGACUUCGCAGAGGGUGACGACGUCAAAAGCUGUUCUUUCUCUCUGGAGGAUUCACUUCAUUUCCCGGUCGAGACUGAAGGUACAGUCGCUGGGAAGGUUCGCAAUGGCGAGCUAGUUCCUCCACUGACCGAAAAUUUUUGGAGCGUUUACGGAAACAAGCUGCGCAUGUUCGGCAUGUACGAAGAGAUCAUAGACCUUAGCGUGGCUAGGGAGACUGGAAACAUGAACUGA